UGCAAAACACACGCUUUGUUGAUGGAGCAAAGUUUAAAAAAACUUUUUACCUCAUCAGCUCUGAAGACUUUCAAAAUCUAGAUCAAAUCUUCUUCCAGAACGUUUCUUUUAUAAGCUGUAGGCUUAGCAUCAAUUUUUCGGUAAAAAAUGGCGAAGUUGGAUACUAAAAACGAUUUGAAUCGCGUCGGCUUGUUUAGCGAGCUCGGCUAUAUCUCGAUUGGUGAUCCUUUUAAAAGGAAAAGCACAGAUUUCAAUAUGGCUGCUCGCAAAGGAAAACAAAUGCUCCCUGGUGGGAGCAAAUCACGAUCAGCCCUUCAGGCAGGAUAUUUUGAUCAAAAAUUCAACAGAAUAAUGGAAGGGGAGGCCUUUGCGGAUCCUGUAAAGCGGCGAAGACAGGACAAGCUGAAGAGCAGUAAGCGUAACAUAGGAAAGGCUUUUGUUCCAAGCAGUGGAGAAAAAUUGCCUUCAGGAGCAGGAAAUCAUUAUGGAACAUUCAGUGGAGCCAUUACAGCUUUUAGCCCUGUUUCAAGGGGGAAGAAACCAACAGAAUCAGCCAGAAAGAACUUCUUAACAAACCCACCCAAGAAGGGGACAGGGUUUGGAUACCUGAAUGUGACAAUUGGUGACCCACCCAAGUACAUGUCUGAUGCUUAUGAACGUGCUAGAGAGCUGAGAAAGAAAGAGACGGAAGGAAGCAUGAAGGCAAGAAAGGGAGGACCAUACAAACUCAACCUUCAUCCUAAGGCUUAUUUUGAUGGAAAUCCCUACAGAUCAGACAGACCUCUUCCACCAGUGAAAGAGUCAAGGAAACCUCCAGAAGGAUUGAAGCCUUUUAAACCCAGUUCUCCAUCAAAGGAGAUCGGUGGUAUGAAAGCUGGUUGCUUGGACAGCUACCCAUCUCACUCCAAUGAUCCUUAUGUGAUGAAAAAACCAAAAGGUGAUGAUGGAACAGAGAAAAAAAUCUUCAGACCUUCACAAGGACCAAAAUCUACACCAAUGAAAUCAAUCAUAAAUCAAAAUGUUGAACGACGAAUUAAUAACUUAAACUUCAGACAACCAGUUACUGUGUCCAUAUGAUGUCAUAAACUUGGUAAAAAUUACAUGAAUACAAAAGAGCUAAUUUCGUUAAAGCUAGUGUGUUAAUUCAUAUGUUGGGUUUAGCAUUAUGAGAACAGAGAAGCCUUGAAGACAAGACAAAGUUAGAUUUUAUGUCCAAAAGUUUUACUUUACAUUGCAUAUUUAAAUUGUGAGUAGAUACUUAUAGAAUAAUACAUGGUAACAUUGUAAAUUGACUGCCUUUCAUUUUUAAUGGCAAAAUCAGCCAACUGCUCAACGAGUUGUAUGUUCACUUUGUGUUAGUUAUAACAGCUUCAAAUACAUUAACACACAUCUAAAACUUGUGGUCACAUUUCUAUCACUUGCCAAAAAAUUAAGGUAAAGUUUUCUUUUAGUGUUUUUACUUACUAUGUACCUGCUUAUCUUAUAAACAGGGUAACCCUACAAAUGUUAAUAAAAUCUCAAUUAUUUUUUUCUCA